UGACCCACGAUCGCAUGGACUCUCGAUGGACACUCAUGUAUUUGCUUCUCUAGCUCAAGUCCGAAUUCUAUUGGUUCCAAUAGGACCUAUAUCUUCUACCUUGUUUGAGAAACAUGCCUCUGAAAUCCGAAGUUUCGACUCCAUACGCCUUGGAGACAUUCCGGAGGCUAACAACGAUGAACGAGCUCGAUUUACACCAAAGCCCCUCUCGAUGGGUCAUUUACAUCUGAGCUACCCUUCCCACCCCCCACCAGCUCCCCAUUCACCGCUCUCUCUCAUUCGACCUUCUCACUUUCCUUUGGCUGUUAUCGGGAUUGCGUCAUGUUCUCAGACCGUAAACAUUUCCUCUGUGAACUCUCAGUUCAAUUCUGCCGUGCUCACUAUGUUCUCUGGCGACGUGCCGUAUCCUCUCGCGAAGAACUGCUUCGUAUUCGAAGAGGGUGAUGGUACUUCUAGUAUUUCCGGGAAUGAGAGCAUUCCAGGUCUGGUAAUCUUUCCAAGUGUGAUGGGGAAUACAAAGUUGUACAUCGGGACCCUUUUGGCGGACCUUUGUUCAAACAUACUUGGCGAGUUCAGUGUAUUGCUUCAACGACUCGAAAACCCACUCGGCAAUGAAUAUCUCAAUGCAUCCUCCCUCCCUACACUCCCUCCUCUAUCAGAAAUGCCUUUGUCUCUGGAUAUGACCAGCGGUCGCCUUCCUACAUUACCCUCGCACAACAGCCACCCGGAAAUAUCAAGAGUAACUUCAUUAUCUGCGCCCCAAAUGAAGCGAAACUCGUCCCUUGGCGUACCAACGGCCAAGAAACGAAUCAGUGGAAUCGGGGCUGCUUCAUCCGAUGGACGACUGUACAAAGUGAUGGCCGACCUCUUUCUUUUGUCCGGAAGGACGCAAGACGCUAGUAUAUGGUAUACUGAAGCCUUGCAAUUAUUCAAGCCCUCGGUUGACAGCAUAUGGCAGGCAUCAGCCCUCGAAGGGCUAGCUACUAUUUCGGUCCUCGAUGCAUGGUCGACUGGCCAAGGCCUACAAACAUCUUCCAAUACUUCGCGAGAGCCGUGGAGUGAAUCUUCAGACAAGUUGACUCAAGCGACUGCAUUGUACUGUAAGCCAUCAAUCAUCGAGGGCGAGCAGAAUAUGUCCUUGUUGUCAUAUCUCUAUUGCACAUGUGUCCUGCGGCAUUCAUCUCUGCUCUUUUCCAUCUGGUCGGCCAAAGGCUGGGGACCUUUAGCUUUCACGACAAUGCUACAUUCUGGCCCAAUCCCAUACGUACCUCCUACCGUUACUCAGGAAACACGGGACUCCUGGUCUAAGGUGGAAAGGCUUAGUAUGAUAUCUGGAGUUUCGCGCCACUCCAUUUCCAAUGUCAUUGCUCAGGCUCACGGACCAUGGCUUCUCCAUCUUGGUGUCCGGGAACGAAUAUCCAUUCUUGAGGUGAUGGCUAGCAUGUAUUCUUGCCUGGGCUACAAGAGGAAGGAGGCCUAUAUACUGCGAGAAGUUCUCGGUUGUAUAAUGGAUCUUAUCGUUUGCGGACGUGAAGAUGGAAGCCAUCCCCCUUUUAGCAACGGGGCAGGACUUGGUAUCCACGGUAUAACAGCCAAUUCAACCACUCAAGUCGGAGUACGCUUAACUGAGCGCUCUGAUGGGAACCAGAGCGUUUUGGAGCUUCUAAAGAGAGUUUGUCGAGUGCUUGGUGUGAAUUUGGAUGCCGUGAAAACUGUCGACUUACUUGACAGCCCAAUUUCACCUGCUACCGACGAUACUGCAGAUAACCAGGAGCCAUUUGGAUGGCCAGAACUCCAAGUAGGGGUAAUCAGAGAGUCUAUCGCAGUUGCUGAGGCGUUGCCCGAUUUCCUUGCUGUCGCACAAUACGCCCUCUCGUCAUUGAAAACCCUCAUCGAUGUCCUUACUCCCGGAGACCAGUAUCAUUUAUACUCGACGGCUGCUCGUGCCUUGUCUACCGCCAAACGGAGAGGUUCCAGUACAGGAGUCGAGUUCUGGCUCAGCAGACCUAUAGUCAGCAUUGCCCUUGCACCACUCCCUUUGAUACGUUUACCGAUUGAGAAGCCUAUGUCCGCGCUUCAACCCCGACCAUCCGAUCCUAACACUAUAUUAACUGGUGCCACUGAUCCAUUUCUCUACAAUCCUAGGCGUGUGGAUAAUGCUCAGGACAGACAACUCGUUAUAGAGAACGAGGUCCUUGAAUUCGUCGUGCUACUUCACAAUCCCUAUGCAUUCGACUUAGAACUGGAGUGCGUAUCGUUAAGCACAUCGGGAGUCCCAUUCCUGUCAGAGCCCAUCAGGGUUGUCAUUCCAGCUUGCACGGACCAGCCCGUUAUCCUUGAAGGAAAACCUCAGCGAACGGGUAAUCUUGUGAUUCGAGGCUGCAUCGUUCAGACGCCCGGAGGUAUUCGAAAGGAGAUUCAUCUCCCGUUGGCGACUUUCGAUGAAGAAGAGCGCUGUUCUCGAGAUCGCAGUUCGUUGCAAUCCGAAUCGGACCGCUUCAAGUAUUCUGGCCUCGAAGCUCUACCAUGGGAGAAGGCCAUCAAACGUCAGAGCAAACAUCUGGCAAAAGGGGCUUCCGAUAGGACAAUCCGUUAUCUGGAGUGCAAAGUCGUGCCCGAGCAACCGCUUCUACGAAUCCGGCGUACAUCUGUAACUCAUGGCGCUCUUAUGUUAUACGACGGUGAAAUGUCAACUCUACAGAUGACACUCGAGAACAUAUCCCCGCUAGCUAUCGAUUUCAUACGGCUUGUCUGUAGUGACUCUACAAUUGCUCCUGCUCAACAAGCGCUCGCCGAAGGCAACCUCUCGGUGUUUGACACUUAUGAAACCGAGUAUGCUCUAAUAAACCAACCAGUGUUUUCUUGGAACAAGAAGGACGAUAUGACAAUACCCCCUCAUCGUAAAACCUCAUUGACCAUUUCUUGUUUCGGCAAGGUCGGUUGCACAGCGGGAACAAUACAUGUUUCAUAUUCAUAUGUACAUCGCAGCGCCCCAGACGUUUCUGACGUCCUCCAUACUCGCCAGUUAUCUUUCCCCCUAAUGGUCACAGUGUAUCAUAUGUUAGAGUGCCAUGGGAUGGACAUUCUUCCCUUCCCAUCGUUCUUCCCCAAACACCUUGACAAGUCCAGCAAGGAACGGAUACCCACAGCAGGCAUCGACAACGAAACGAACUGGUGCUUAUUUGCGGUAGAUGUAAGGAACGCGUACGGUUCUCCUUUCAAGGUGUCUGUUGAUCGGAUGCAAGACGGCGUUCCGGAUGCGGGGUCCUCUGUGACCAUUCCACCUGGUCUAACAUCGCGGGUCAUCAUUCCGAUCAGGAAAUUCAUCCUUUCUGAAGAACAUACUUCUCGGCCAAUCCCUACCUUGUCCGAUAGGCAAUUCGUUGUAGAUAAAUCCAAGCUCCCUGAAAAUGAACAGAAGGUACAGCGAGAGUUGUUCUGGUAUCGUGAAGAGCUCUUCAAGUCACUGUGUUGUAGAUGGCAAGAGGCCAACGGAACUCGAUUUGGUGAUUUAUCCCUUCGGCGACAACGCCUCACUUUGAACAUGUUGGAAACAUUGCGUUCGGAGACUAUUGUUGUCAGACUCUCACUUGUUCGACAUGCUACCGGUACAGGUUCGGCGGUUCCUGUGGCACAAAAACAUGGAAAGCAUUAUCCACCUUCUUAUCACAUACUACGUCUGCGAACGAAAAUCACCAAUAUGUCGCGUACGCCUCACGCAUUGACCGUUAAUAUACAUGUUGAACCGACAGAGCACAUGAUUCAUGACGGCGCGCUCUCUGAAAUUCCAGUCGGCACACUCGGUAAGAAUGAGUCUCAAGAAAUUGAUGUAGGGAUAUGCUUCCUCAGCCAUGGUCGCUUUGAUAUCAAUGCCGUCGCAAAAGUUGUUGGGAAUCCUCAUCAGCACGAGAAAGGAAUGACACACCUUGCAUGUAUCGUGGGUCCAGAGGAGUAGAGGGAUCGGGCAUUGGAAUAGA